CCCAAAGAAAGACUAGAACCAAAGCAAACGAGAUCCCGAUCGAAGCCAUCCCCAUUGAUAUCCUCGACCUCCCCCUCGACCUCUUUCCUUCGCUCUGGUCUCCGACGACGACGACGACGACGCCACUUCUCCGGCGAAGGAGGUGAUGGUGAUAAGCUGAGGUAUUACCUAAACUCUCCUUAUACUCGCCACAAUCCGUGAGAUCGACAUCAGUAUCGAAGCUUUAGCGAUUCCUAUGUCGAAGGCUAGGGUUUACGCCGAAAUCAACGUCGUGCGUCCAAAGGAAUACUGGGAUUACGAGGCUCUCACCUUGCAAUGGGGGGAGCAGGAUGAUUAUGAGGUUGUUAGGAAAGUUGGAAGGGGAAAAUAUAGUGAGGUUUUUGAAGGCGUGAAUGUUACCAACAAUGAUCGUUGCAUCAUCAAAAUCCUGAAGCCUGUGAAGAAAAAAAAGAUUAAGAGGGAAAUAAAAAUACUUCAGAAUCUUUGUGGAGGUCCAAAUAUUGUCAAGCUGCAUGAUAUUGUCAGAGACCAGCAUUCAAAAACUCCUAGCUUGAUAUUUGAAUUUGUGAACAGUACAGACUUUAAAGUUUUGUACCCUACUCUGACAGACUAUGACAUACGAUAUUAUAUAUAUGAGCUUCUCAAGGCACUUGAUUACUGUCAUUCACAAGGAAUUAUGCAUCGAGAUGUCAAGCCCCACAAUGUUAUGAUAGACCAUGAACUUCGGAAACUCCGCUUGAUAGACUGGGGGCUUGCUGAAUUCUACCAUCCUGGGAAAGAAUAUAAUGUUCGCGUAGCAUCAAGAUAUUUCAAGGGACCCGAACUUCUUGUUGACUUACAAGAUUAUGAUUACUCCUUGGAUAUGUGGAGUCUUGGUUGCAUGUUUGCUGGAAUGAUAUUCCGUAAGGAGCCCUUCUUCUAUGGCCAUGACAACCACGAUCAACUUGUUAAAAUUGCCAAGGUACUUGGAACAGAUGAACUGAAUGCAUAUUUAAACAAAUACCGCUUGGUGCUCGAUUCUCAACUUGAUGCUCUUGUUGGAAGGCAUAGCAGGAAACCUUGGUCCAAGUUCAUAAAUGCAGACAACCAACACCUAGUUUCUCCUGAGGCUAUAGAUUUCCUUGAUAAGCUUCUCCGUUAUGAUCACCAGGAUAGAUUUACUGCUCGGGAAGCAAUGGCACAUCCAUAUUUCCAGCAAGUUAGGGCAGCUGAAAACAGCCGGAUGCGCACUUAGUAGUCGAACUUAACUUGUUUGCUUUGAUUUGUACUCUUUUAAAUCAUUAACAUGAUUGAUCUCGGUCAUAUAUCAUUAAUACAUACAGAUUUUCUUCUUUCCAA